CAGUCUGAAGUCUGAAUGGAGAGUCUCAGCAGCAGCUCACGCAUUUGCAUUUGAUGCAGACUUCAGUCGAGCGACCGCAACACCGCGGAGGCUUCUGAACUUCACAAAACUUUGCCGUUAGCGGAGCUAAAUACCCAGAGAUAACAGAGAGCUAGUGUCACUGCUUUCAUUUCUUUGGUACUCGAGUUAUAGACAUAAUUUGGGUGCGUUUCAGUUCGUAUUUGCUUCAAAUGGACAGUGUUGAGCGAGUCCAAGACGGACUACUUUUUCUAGCGUAGUAGUAUUAAGUCCAAGGCGCAACAGACUACCGGUGCAUAGUCGGCUGUUUAGCUCGAUCCAGGGCGACGGAGUGCGCCGAAAGCGGGGAGUUUUAACCUAGAGAUGCUCUACAGCUCUACAGCUGAUUUUUUAGGCUAAAUAACUCUCUAACCUUCGCUGUUUGGACCCUUCUAGGGUCAGAUGUUUUUGGUGUUUAGGUCCACACCCGCGGACUUCUUGACACUGGACGGACUUGACUAAACUCUGAAAGAUGUCAAUUUUGCCUUUCACUCCCCCCAUCGUCAAAAGACUUCUGGGCUGGAAGAAAGGAGAGCAGAACGGCCAGGAGGAAAAGUGGUGUGAGAAGGCGGUUAAAAGUCUUGUGAAGAAGCUGAAGAAGACGGGGCAGCUGGAUGAACUGGAGAAAGCCAUCACCACGCAGAAUAUCAACACGAAAUGCAUCACAAUACCGAGGUCUCUGGAUGGCCGCCUGCAGGUGUCCCACAGAAAGGGUCUGCCUCACGUCAUCUACUGCCGGCUGUGGCGCUGGCCCGAUCUGCAGUCUCACCAUGAGCUGCGAGCGGUGGAGCUGUGCGAGUAUGCCUUCCACACAAAGAAGGACGAAGUGUGCGUCAACCCAUACCACUACCAGAGAGUAGAAACACCAGUCCUCCCACCGGUGCUGGUGCCCAGACACACAGAAAUCCCCAGCGAGUUCCCACCCCUGGACGACUACAGCCAUUCAAUCCCUGAAAACACCAAUUUCCCUGCUGGCAUAGAGCCCCAGAGCAACUACAUACCAGAAACGCCACCACCGGGCUACCUCAGUGAAGAUGGAGAGACCAGCGAUCACCAGAUGACCCACAGCAUGGACACAAGCUCCCCAAAUCUGUCACCUAACCCUGUUUCACCCACUCAUAGUAACUUAGACCUCCACCCUGUGACUUACUGUGAGCCAGCCUUCUGGUGCUCUAUUUCAUACUACGAGCUGAACCAGCGAGUAGGAGAGACCUUCCACGCCUCGCAGCCCUCGCUGACAGUGGAUGGAUUUACGGACCCCUCCAACUCAGAGCGUUUCUGCCUUGGCCUGUUAUCCAACGUCAACCGCAAUGCAGCAGUGGAGUUAACACGCAGACACAUAGGUCGAGGUGUGCGGCUGUACUACAUUGGAGGAGAGGUGUUUGCAGAGUGUCUUAGUGACAGCGCUAUCUUCGUCCAGAGCCCCAACUGUAAUCAGCGUUACGGUUGGCAUCCUGCCACAGUCUGCAAGAUCCCCCCAGGGUGUAACUUGAAGAUCUUCAACAACCAGGAGUUUGCUGCCCUGCUGGCACAGUCGGUCAACCAGGGGUUCGAGGCUGUCUACCAGCUCACCAGGAUGUGCACCAUCCGCAUGAGCUUCGUUAAGGGCUGGGGAGCUGAAUACAGGCGGCAGACAGUGACCAGCACCCCCUGCUGGAUCGAGCUGCACCUCAACGGCCCGCUGCAGUGGCUCGACAAGGUGCUCACACAGAUGGGCUCCCCAAGCAUUCGAUGCUCCAGCGUCUCUUAGGGUUGUCCUUUGUCCACUCAUUUCUCACCCCCCGCCCAUGCCCAAAGUUGCAUGGCAUUUAGUGCUGAAACCUGACGAGCCCUCCCUUCAUUCAGCCACUCCUCGUUCCUCCCCCACACCUGCUGUCAGAAGCACUUUUUUGGCAAAAAGGGCACAAAGUGCAUUAAACUCGUACCACGUUAAUAGGAUCUCAACAAAUUGUCUGGGUUAAUUUGACGGAAGUUUUUCCAUCUUCGGCAACCACAAGCCGGAAACUUUAAGUUUGUUUUUCUUUCUUGCCGAAUUGAAAUUUUCAGUUCCUAUUUUUGUACAGAUUUGGAAUUGAACAGUGGAUUUGAUAAAUGAGUUUUUAAUUAUCAUUAUUAUAAUGUCCCAAAUAGGAAGAAAAAAAAAAGUGUGACAUCAUGUUAAAUGCAUUUCACUCGACUUUCUUUUUGUUUCGGGGCAUUUCGUAGAUUAUGAAGCCUUCUAUAGUUGUAAAGCAAUGAGACAGACUGGAAGUGAUUUAUUUAAUACAUCUGCAAGCACUGUCUGUAGGAAUGUACUGCAUAGAGGCUAGGAAUAUUUGUUAUCGUUUUAUACUUUCAUUGUUCUGGUUAAACAAACAAAUAGCUCUAUGUGAGGCUGUGUAUUUGUGGUGUAAGCAGCAUCAAAUGUAAUAAAACGAGUCAGCUUUGUUCGCUGAAAACCAAACCGUUGGAAGAUUUACACCACACAUGAAAUGUCAGUCACGAUACCAACGAAUGAGUCUGAUUCUGAAGGAUUCACAACGAGAAAACAGGAAGUAAAGCUCUUCAAAGCAUGACAGGAGUACUGAGAGGCAGUGGAUCUCAUUAAGGGUCACCAGGAGGAAAAAUGCACUCUUGUUAAAAACUGAUAUUCCAGCAUCUAGAUAUAGAAGAAGUUAGCAGUUCUCAACUGGGACUGUUUUACUUUCAGGAAGCUUCUUUCUCCGCGUUGCAGAAUGUGUUCACAGCAUUUUAGAUUGUACAUAUUAUAUGUCCCCAAGACAGGACUUGAAAAACAUCUCACAUGCUUUAGUGUUCUUCACACUUUUCAAUGCCAAACUGCGCACUCAUAAGGGUGAUGCGAAUGCAGAAAGCUUUGAUGUGUUCAGAGAGCCGGAAGAGGACCCUGCUUUGUUAGCAGUUUAACUUUGGUCUUAUUUUUAGCCAUGCUGAUGUUUUGUACAUUUACGACUGGAGGCAAACAGAAACAUCUGAUUUACAAGCAACUGAAAGAAAAACUAAGCAACUCAUGAGACUUGCCAGUUUAUUUUGCAACAUGUUAUUUCUUGGAAGGUUAGCCCAAGUCCAAGUUGUGCAUCUGAGGACAGAAAACACUAUUUUUUUAACAUGCUAACAUAAGGCAGGUUUGUUUUCACCAGAGCAUUUUAUAAAGGGAAACCUGUAGUUCAGCAGCUGCAUGUAAAUAACAGUAGUGUCUUAAUUUUUUAUUAUUAUUUUCAGGUCUAUGUACAGAUACAACAUAAAUGAGUUAAAUUGUGACCAUUAACCUUUAUAAUGUUUAUUGGCUUUAGAAGCAGAGGAACAAAUAAUACAAAAUAAAGAAAAUCUGGUGAAAGCUGUUGCUAAAUUAGAAAAGCAGAGUCAUAGCUUUGAUCCCAUUUUCUUUUAACCACCCACUCGUGUGGAAGUGGAUCGAUUUCCUUCUGGUUCUAUAACACUAGACAAAGACUCAGUGGGCGUGCAUGAACAAUUUGUUUUCUUUCCGGUGUUUAUUUACGUGAACCUGGCUCUUGAUGUUAAUGCCAGCCCAUUGGUGCUUAUCUGCAACAUUUUCGUGACUCAAAAGAGUAUUGAACAAAAAGCAAUGAGAUAUUACUAUUACAUUUAUGCUUACAGAUCCUAAACUAUUAUUUUUAAAUGUGUAAACUUUAAAGUGUUGGGUUGUUUCAGAAACAGUAGCAUCUACCAGUCUGAGACAAGCCAUCUCUAUGUUGAGCUUCUAGUGUCCUUGAACGCAGCAAUCCUGAUUCUGUUGGGAUCUUAAAACCCUUGUGGUUGAUGUAAUUACCCUGAUGGGAAUCUUUUAAAAGCAAAUGUGUCCUUUUUUAUACACUCUGCAGGUUAUAGCUGUUGUGUUUGUUUUUUCCCGUUUAAAGUUUCUCCUGUAGACAUUAAUUGCGAUUUACGGUCCUCACCUCUGAAUUGGUCUUUUUAGAUCUCUUGUUUAAAAUUUUCCUUUUCAUUUCUUUACCUUGCUGAAAAAAGUAGUUGUGAUGCUUUGUACUUUUGUGUAUUUCUGUUGAUCUACAAAUAAAAUGUAAAACCUGAGUUGAAACUGAA